CAUAAAUCAACAGUUAUAUAAGAAAUGAUAACCUUUGAUGCGUGACUUGUACAACAAUAGAGGGAACGAGUACUUUGCUGCAAAGUACUAUUGAAUAUUGAAGAUCAAUGUGAAAUAAUGAUAUCUCUAAUCAGACCACCAAGAUUUAGAUUGGGAUGUGCUAGCAUCAAGAAAAAUCAGAAAGAAAUCAAAACGAAAGAGAAUAUUAUUUUUACUUUUAUUUUUCUUAGUCAGCAUUUCUAUUACUUGCAGUAAGAUUUGCUCAAAUAAAAAUGAAUUAGUUGUAGCAUAUACAACUUUAAAAAUGUCCUUGUUUUGAAUUUUGAUUCUCGUUAAUCUUGCCUUGCCUAAAUCUACUCGAUAAUCGAUACACUUACUAAAGAAAAAAAAAAAUUUACUUUUAAAAAUUCCAUUUUUAAAUAAUUUUAUUUUAAAAAUGUAAUUUUUUGUUUAUUUUUGAAAAAUUUCACCUUUGUAAAACAUGCUGGAUUCAUAAACCCAAUAAUUCUCCUUUAAAAAAAAUACUCAAAUUUGGAUUCAUAAACCCUGGAGUUUGUAGCUUCAUAGCCAUUGCACACGGCGUAGAGAACCAUAGAAUCAGUAGAGUAGAGAGCGUGAAAGAUGUUCUUGAGACGAAUUGCAAGGCCAUUAAUGGCGAAAAUUAAGGAAACAACCGGGAUCGUAGGUCUUGAUGUGAUUCCUAAUCCACGAGAAGCGUUGAUUUCAGUUUACAACAAAACCCUAGAAGAGAUUCAAGCUGUUCCCCAAGAUGAAGCGUAUCGUAAAAAUGUUGAGAGUUUAACUCGCCAACGUCUACAAGUCUGCCGAGAAGAACCCGAUUGUGAGGUGAUCGAAAAGCGUCUUGGUUGUGGUCCGAUUCAACAAGUCAUUGAAGAUGCUGAAGAUGAACUUAAAAUUAUUACUCGUUUGGCUGUGGUUCUCAAACAACAUCCCAUGACAGAUUCGAAGAGUUAUCUACCAGAGCCGUUUACAAUGGACGACAUUCAAGACUUGGAUGCAUGGGAUAUGUAUGAUUCCAAUGAGUUAGAGGAAGCGGGAAUUGAGAGAGACGAUCGAGUUUUAAACGAUGAUGUUCCAUUGCCCAAUCCAGGACCACUGCAUGAGGAGUUCUACAAAGCCAUUGAGGAACUUGCUUCAAAACAUGAGUCUGCACUUGGUGAUUCAAAGUCGAAGUAGUAGGGUGUUACUCCUUUGAUUAGUCCAACUUUGGUGCGUAUUUGGCUCUGUUAAAGGUAUAUCGAUCGACUCUUUCAAAUUUCAAGAGUUCCUAAAUGGAUUAGAUUGCUUAUUAAGCGACUCGAAGUCCUUUGAAAUAUGCAAUAGUUGACUAAUGCCCUUGAAGAAAAAAUGGAGUUGGAAGACCUUAAGAGAAAAAUGGAAACAUGGGCGUGGCAUCGUUGUCCUCUUAUCCUCCGUGAUGGGGAUAAAAAUACAUCUUUUUUUCAUAGGAGAAUGGCUGAGGCACUUGCUGCUCAUUAGGCUAUUGAAAUAGCUCGUGAUAGAAGAUGGCAACAUUUGAUAUUUGAAGGCGAUGCAAAGCUGAUUCUUGAUGCAAUGCCGAAAGCUACGAGAAACCUUCAUGUUUAAUCUGUGAUGGAUAAUUCCGUUGCCAUUAUUGAUAAUUUUAAAUCUAUAAACCGUUUUUGUUUUUGUUUUAGAGUGUAAUGACUAAUGGGUUUGUCAAUAGGCUUGCGCAAUGGUGUGAGAGGGUUGGCUUGACGAAGAGAUCUCUAUUGUUGCGGUUGACACUAUUUCUUUACAAUGUUUUGACUUGAUCUGGCUGGAAAUUAAUUUGAAAUCGGAAAAAAACUUAAUGAGUUAUAGCUUGAAUGACUCGAUUACUGGAAAAAAUUGGGUUAAAUUCGACGGCAAUUUGAAUCUGAUCAUUUUGACUCUUUUUUGUAGUUGUCAACUUUCUUAGUUUCUCGUCAUUAUUUUUAGUCAAUAAUUAUAUUUACAUUCACUUUUUUUUGUUCUAGAGAUCAUUUAUUUGUUGUAGCCUUAGAAAUUAACAUAUU